GACGCGAUGCCGCGGUGUCGCGCGCGGUACGAGAUCGUGGAGCACGGCGCGCGCGCGCCGCUGCGCGCGACGUGCGCGACGCUCGUCGAGGGCGCGCGAGCGCUGCCGGUGCGCGAUGCGUGCGAACGCGACGAACGACGCGAAUGAAAUGAAAUCGAAACGGCGCGACCGACGGCGACGGACGAGACGACGCGCGAUGGCGCCACGGACUGACCCAGCGCGCGACAAACGGAACAGGGCGCGCGCGCGGCGGUGCGAGAGUGCGCGAACGCGCGCGGCGUCGUGGACGCGGAUGACUGCGCGCGCGCGCUCGGGACGACGGCGACGGCGGCGAGACGCGCGUUCGACGCGACGCGCGCGACGAGCGAACGCGCGAGCGAUGAUCUGGACGACGACGCGAGCGCGCGAAGCGAACGGGGCGCGACGGACAGGGAGACGUGCGAGGCGAGACGGUUGAUGCUGUAUCUGGCGGCGGCGUGCUACGCGACGGCGCGGGGCGGAGGCGCGACGGCGCUGCGGGACGAGGCGCGGCGGUGCGCGGACGAAGACGCGAGCGAGGGAAACGAAUGGGUCGGGCGCGAGGUCUCGGCGAGGAGCUCGCCGUCGAGGAGUCCGUCGAAGCGGGCGAUGCUGCGGCGCGCGAACGGCGCGGGGUCGCCGGCGAGAGGGGACCGGUUCGUCGUCGACGACGAGGACCGGGAAGACGCGGCGUUCGGGAGCUUCGUUUUGCUGAAUUGGGACGCGUUCGCGGACGCGUGUCGAUCGGACCGCGGCGAGGGCGAGGGCGAGCGCGGUUCGGCGACGACGCUGACGCGGGAGGAGGUCGCGUGUUUGGACUACGUAUUCGAGACGCGGGACGAAAACGGCGAGCGGAGUUCGCUCGCGGAUUGCGCGAUGGCGAGCGGCGAGGACGCGAUCGAGAGCGCGCACUUGCGCGAGUGGGUGGCGAGAAACAUGUCCGCGGACGCCACCUCGAUGGCGUCGGCGAGCGCGAAGGCGAGCGGAUCCGCGGUGGCGGCCGUCGCCGAGAUGGCGGCGAACGUUUCGGAGAGCGACGUCGCGCGACCGGGGUCGAAAACCACCGUCACCGUCGACGGCGCGUACAAAACCACCGUCGUUAGGCGACAAGGGUGCGAUGUCACGCGCACGGCGUCGGGAAACGCCGCGGGAUGUCGAACAUCGCCGCGCGAUCUCGCGACGUUUGGUUCGCCGCGGUACGUCUCCGGCGGCACGCCGUGCGCCAAAAUCACCGAUUGCGCGGAGUCGAUCAUUUAUUUGCUCGAACCUUAUCACUACGUCUCUAUCGUUGGAUGCGUGGAUUGCGUGAUCGUCGUCGGCGCCGUCGCGCGGUCGUUGCGCGUGGAGGGCUGCGAGCGCGUGACGCUCAUGUGCGCCGCCAAACGCGUCACCGUGCGUUCGUGUUUCGAUUGCAACUUUCAUCUCGGCGUUCUCACCCAGCCGUUGUUCGUGGGUGACAAUCGAAAGUGCGUGCUGGCGCCCUACAACACGUUUUACGAGCAUCUCGGAGAGCACCUGAUUGAGGCGCGUUUGCGACCCGAGGCGUGCACGGCGUGGGAUCGACCCGUGGUGCUCGGCGUGGACGUCACGAUUCAAGACGGCUCGUCUUCCCCGAGCGCGCCAGACGUGGUGAGAAUAUCGAGUGGGAUAACGCUCAUGCCUCCGGACGCGUUCACGCUCUUCAUCGUGCCGUUUCGCGAGUACGUCGCCGACGUCGUCGCCGACGCGCCGCCGACGCCCUCGAGCGUCGCGGCGACGACGCAGGCGAACCCGUUCGACGUCCCAGCGAAUUACGUCACCGCACUCGAGUCGAAGAUGCAGCUCAUCUGUGACGUCCGCGCGCGCGUGCGCGACUCCUCCCUCCCCGAGACAAAGCGCGGCGAACUCCAAGCCGCGAUUCAGAGCCACUUCAAGGCGUGGCUGCAACAAUCGGGAAAGUCGCGCGAGAUCUUCGAUUUAUCCGCCAUCGAGCGCGAGGAGAUGCGCGCCGCGGGCGGUGAGAUGCGCGCCGCGGGCGCCACCGCCGCCACCGCGUGACCCGCCGCCGACG